AGACACAACGCACCGAUGCACCUCUCCAGACUCCAGCUCUGCUCCGCUUCGCAGCCAGCUCCUCCUCCCCUGCUUCACCUGCGCUUCAAUUGUCGCCAUCCUCCACCGGCUAGUUACAUUAUAAAUACCCCAUCCAUGGAUUGGCUGUUAGCACCGUCAUCCAUCCUAGCACCGUCAUCCAUCCAUCGGCUGGAUUUCCCAAGCACGCUGCUGCCAGGGUCUCCAGCUGCAAGCACGCAUCAGCAUUCCACAAGCGAAAUGGCGGCGACGGCAGCCGUGCCUUCUUGGCGCCGGGCAUUCGCGGCGCUCUUGCUGGUCCUGCAGCUGCGCGGCGCGCGGUCGGCGACGUUCACCAUCGCGAACAACUGCGGCUACACGGUGUGGCCGGGGCUGCUGUCCAGCGCGGGCUCCGCGCCGCUGCCCACCACGGGGUUCGCGCUGGCGCCUUCGGAGUCCCGUGCCGUGGCGGCGCCCGCGGGGUGGUCGGGCCGCCUCUGGGGCCGCACGCUCUGCGCCGCCGACGCCGCCACGGGGCGGUUCGCGUGCGCCACGGGGGACUGCGGGUCCGGCGACGUGCAGUGCAGCGGCGGCGGCGCCGCCCCGCCCGCGACGCUGGCGGAGUUCACGCUGGACGGCAGCGGCGGGCUGGACUUCUACGACGUCAGCCUCGUGGACGGGUACAACCUGCCCAUGAUCGUCGCGCCCAGCAGCGCCUCCACCACGGCAGCCGGCGGCAAGUGCGCGCCGACGGGGUGCGCCGCGGAGCUGAACUCCGCGUGCCCGGCGGGCCUGCGGGUGGAGGCCGCGGCGGACGGGCCCGUGGCGUGCCGGAGCGCGUGCGACGCCUUCGGGGACGCGCAGUACUGCUGCAGCGGCGCGUACGGCACCCCCACCGCGUGCCGCCCGUCGGCCUACUCCGAGUUCUUCAAGACCGCGUGCCCGCGCGCCUACAGCUACGCGUACGACGACGCCACCUCCACAUUCACCUGCGCCGCCGGCAGCACCGACUACACCAUCACCUUCUGCCCCGCCGUGCCCACCAGCGUGAAGUCGACGGGGCAGAACCCUCAGGCCGCCGGGUUACCGCAGCAGCUGAACAACGGCACCACCAUGGUCUUCUUCGGCGGCAACACACAGACCAGCAGCGCCGCCGCCUCAUCUGCCAACUCUCUCUUCGCCGUCACCGUCACCAUCACAGCAGCCGUCGCGCUCGCGCUCUCGCGCUCGACUCGCCUGUGACCGGUCAUCAUCGCUGUCAGGUGGGCCACGCUUAUCAGAAGACCGGUGAGCAUACAUACAGUAUGUUGAGCCCCUAGCGACUGCGACGGAACAUGAGCAUAGUAUUCUAGGCUUGUAGCUUAGGUAGGACGAGUAGAAUUUCUUCUUUUGUUUUUUGGCUUCG